AUGGGAUUACUGGUAAAAGUUAUACUUACGUUGAAUUUAAACAUGAAUCGAAAAAGUUUGCUGCAGGAUUGCAAGAUAAAUUAGAAUUCAAACAUGGGGAUGUCUUAGCGAUAUGUUCACCUAAUCAGAUUGAUUACUCUAUUGUACUCUUGGGAACGAUCGCAGCCGGCGGGAAAGUAACGACUGCUAAUCCAAAAUACAGAGCAACUGAAUUAUCAUAUCAACUAACUGACUCAGGUGCAUCUGUUCUGAUCGUGCAUCCAGAAUUUCUUGAAACUGCCAUUGAAGCUUCAAUUGAAGCAAAAAUCCCCACAUCCAGAGUAUUAUUGUUUGGUGAUGAAGAAAUAAAAGGGUACAAGCCUUAUCACUCUGUUUUAAUCGGUGAUCGUGAAAUUGAGCCGGUUUCUUAUACUUCCGAAGAAGCAAGAACAACGACCGCUUAUUUACUUUAUAGUUCCGGUACAACUGGAAAGCAAAAAGGUGUCGAAAUUACCCAUACAAACAUGAAUGUUAGUUUAGCUCAACUUAUCGGUAUUAAUUGUGACCUUGGGCCACACAGUAUACUUAUGGGAAUUUUGGGUGCUACUACGAUCGUUCUUUCAAGCUUCAGUGUAGAAACAUUUUGUAAAGCAAUUCAAAAAUAUAGGAUCAAUUAUAUUCAUGCUGUUCCACCAAUUAUCCUUAAACUUGUCAAUGUCUCUGUAGUUCAAAAUUUUGAUAUAUCAAGUGUAAAUAUGAUCAUAAGUGCGGCAGCACCAUUAAGUGCUGAAUUAGAAAAAAAGUUUAAUGAGAAGUUUAAAGUGCCGGUUUUGCAAGCUUAUGGCCUUACUGAAACGAUUUCAGUAUCGCAUUAUCCUGAUACAAAGAACAUAAAUAAUUCAGCUCCAGGUUCUAUUGGAUUUCUUCUUCCGAAUUUGAAAGCUAAAAUAUUGUCAGAGGAUGGUGACGAAUUGGGAUAUAAUAAACCUGGAGAAAUGUGGGUUCAUGGACCAAAUGUUACAAAAGGUUAUCUCAAUAAUAAAGAAGCUACAAAUGCUGUCUUUGACAAAGAUGGAUUUUUAAACACGGGAGAUAUUGCAUCUAUCGACGAACAAG